UUCUGUGCUCAGCUCCUUUCCCCACCAGUUACUCUCUGUGUAUCGUACAAUGCGCCCAUGGCCAGAACCAAGUAAAACCUCUCGCAAGUCCACCGGUGGCAAAGCACCCAGGAAGCAGCUCGCCACCAAGGCUGCGCGCAAGAGCGCCGCGGCCACCGGCGGCGUGAAGAAGCCUCACCGUUACAGGCCCGGCACCGUGGCUCUGAGAGAGAUCCGAGGUUACCAGAAGUCCACUGAGCUGCUGAUCCGCAAACUGGCCUUCCAGCGCCUGGUGAGAGAAAUUGGCCAGGACUUCAAGACGGACCUGCGCUUCCAGAGUUCCGCCGUGAUGGCCCUGCAGGAGCCUAGCGAGGCCUACCUGGUCGGCCUGUUCGAGGACACCAACCUGUGCGCCAUCCACGCCAAGAGGGUGACCAUCAUGUCCAAGGACAUCCAGCUGGCCCGCCGUAUUCGCGGAGAGCGCGCUUAAACGAUGACCCGAUCUCCAAAAUACUCCAAAUAUUUCCGUCAAAAAGGCACAAUUGUUCCAUUUCUACACGUCCCUCUACAUUUCCCACCAUGUAUGUUGUUGACGAACACGUCGUGUUCCCUGCUCUCGAGUCACCACAGACCGUGAUUCGAUUCCAGGCUGUAUCACAACCGGCCGUGAUUGUAAAUAAGAGUUGGUUCUUAACUG